GCCUAAACGCUGCUCAACCUCGUCCCAGCAUCAACCACGGCCUUGACCAGAGUAUGACCCAAGCCUGAGCUUAUUGGAUGGGCCAACGCGUUCUCAGACAUUCACAGCACAGGGUUGGUCGGGUCUAGUCAGGAAAUCGCACAGAGGAUACAGCCAUGCCGCCACUGACCACUGUGAUCGCGAUUGCCGUCAGCUGUUCGGUUCUAUUCAUCGUCGCUGCAGUCGUCGGGACAGUCAUAUGGGUUCGAGUACGCCAUGAUCGGUUGUCGCUGGCUGUGGCAAAUGCCAAACACGGUCAAUAUGGCUUGCAACACUACCAAGCUGAGACGUUGACUGAACUCUCCCGAGAAGAAGGCUCAGCACUCAGACAAUAUGGCCAACUUCCGUACGGAAAACCAUCUGAAUGGGGAGUGCUUUCGUCUCGGGAAAGUCUACCCACUUCUCCAGCCGACUCGGAAUCCUCGUCCCCUCGAAAUGAAAAGGCACGCGAUGGGCGUCGGCCAAUGUCCCGUUCUUUGUCUACGCGUUCUUCGCGAGCGUCGAGGGGGUUCCUAUUACCACAACGCCUCAGCUCUCUCCCACCACUGACAGAGAGAUACGAAAAGCAUUAUUCAUCAUCACCGUCGGUAUCUUGUGUGAAUCAGCGAUUGUCAAAUUCCGCUGUUGACGGAGCGGUCGAAUUGCCUACCGAGACGACUCCGAGGCACACACCAGAGAGAGAUGAGGAAUAUCCGCGUGCUGAGCUCACUAUGCGUCCCAUUUCAGGAGCAUGGCCCUUGAUGCACUCACGAGAACGCUCGGGAAGCCUGUAUCCGGUUUUGGAGGAUAACGCAGAUGAAAUCAAUCCACCCUUUGCCCGAGUCCGGGCCGGAAGCAUCACGGCGCAGACGGCUGGGACGAUGCCGGAGCAGCCAGUACCUCCUCCACCUUGUGCCUAUCCUCCAAAUCGCUUCCGUUUGUCAAAGAACGACUCCGUUUGUUUCUCUUCCUUGAGUCUGGAAACAGCGGACAGCUCAAUUCUCGACGAAAGCCGAAGGACAUCGACCAACAUCGACAGUGACUUCACUUCUCCGGCCUUGCCUCCUUGCCCGACCUUUACACCCUUCGAUGCCAAUGAUGUUGGAAGGUUGGAAUUUGACAGACGUAGCUUUGUGACACCGAGCUCAGUCGUGCCAGCUCCGUUUGUGUUUCCUCCUACGCCCUCUAACGUUUGGGAAGGCCAGAAGGUUGAGUCAGGUCGUACUUCACCACGUCGCAGUUUAACCGCACGCAGCCCUACCCCGGUAGAUAGGAGCAGUCCGCCACCGCGACGUUGUGAAUCUGUCUCCGUGGGACAUUCUCGGCAUGAUUCGGCCUCGAGUGUCAAACACUGGGAUCUGAGUAAUGCACCCUUACUCAAUGCCGCUGGACGAAACGCGGCCUUGCUGCCACACUUCAGUCAAAUGCAGCGCGGUCCAAUGCACGCAGAACAGCGAAGAAGUCACGAUCCCUUCUACAUCGGGCCUACUAACGCGGCGAAUACCAACGGGCAAGCCGCCUCCAGAAAUAGACCGGCCAGCUCAGCUACACAAGAGUCCUCUAUGCAGUCCAUGAACAGCAUUGGAAAGCCACCUUUGACAUCUGCAAUGAGAAGUGGAAACAGCAUACGUAAAGGCCAUCGGCGUCAAAAUUGUGUCCGGAUAUCGAUUCACCCACCCGUCACCUUCAACGGGCCUGUAUUCUCUCCGACUGCCGAGGAGCCGGAAGACAUUGAGGAGGGCGGCUUUCGUCGUUCCCAGGUAGCUGACCUGUCAGCAUCUAGCAUAUCCCUCUACUCGAAUUUCUCUGGCCUGCCGGCGAGUAAGAAUGCUCAGCAAUCCCAACAGAACGAUCGCCUGCGGGGGAUGGAUGUCUCGGACGAUCAUUGUGGCUCACGCAGAGGUACCCCAAGGAAGCGAAAGCAUACGCGCGGCGACUCAACAGACAGCAUGCUGAGCAUGAUUGAUGCUGAAAAAUCCUUACCAGAAAUUGUCACGACAUUGCCAAUUCCCAAAAUUGACACCAGCUUGCUCAACACCCCUUCUCCAGAAACGAGUAGCCCUGUCUGGAUGAUGUCCAGCCAUGCCAGUUCCCCAUCAACCUAUGAGAACAUGUCCAGUCCAGGCAGUCCACGUCGCUCGACUGUUAAAGGGCCGCGCAACCAGCCAGGCCGUCAAAUGCGCAGCAAUUACCGUCAGUCUCAGCCCUUGGAGGACAAUGCGAAAUUGUCAUUACGAACCACCUCUCGCCCUCCUCAAAUGCGCAAAGAUCCGGCGCGAAAACCGCCCGAGCCAGCCCAGCGACCGAAAGGCGAUACCCAGCGGACAACCCCGCCACAGAACCAAGACCAGGCUGGUCAAGUUUCCCCAGGCUCGAAUCCUCCCCCUAGCGCCAAACAGCAACCAACGCAAUCCCUGCGACAGCACAGACCUCAACAUCGUCCUCCGCCACCAGGGAACAACCCCAAGUCCCCGAUCAUGCAAACCGGGGGCAUUGUCUCCAUCUGGGAAGACAGGCCGCCGGAGCUCAAAGCACCACCCAAGCCUACAUUAUCCCUAGUUAAGGAAACGGCCGAUCACCCCGAUGAAUUGGCGGAGAAGCGCGUCGAAAGGACAAACAGUCAGGGCCCUGGUGAUCGAUCACCGGCCAAGUCGAGCAACAACCGGUCCAAUCAAGAACCGAAGACCCCCACGAGAAGGGCCGUUGGCUUGGGCAUCGGUGCUGCCACUCCAGCUAGUUUGUAUGACGGCGACGGGUUCUUGAAGGAGUAGACGCUCCAAUCCAGUUAUGGCUAGAUGACCAUAAAAAUCGUUUUCGGCUGUUGCUUGGGUCUCGCAUUGGGUUUUGCUUAGCGCGCGGGCGUUUC